UUCUGAGCAAGGAUGUACGGUGGUAGAAUGCUGUUGAUUGUGGUGUGCCUUGUCGCCGGUAGUGUCAGUGCGACGCAGAAGCUCCAGGAGCGGUACAGCUGGCAACAGCUCGACUUUGUCUUCCCCAAUCAACGCCUCAAGCAACAGGCCCUGGCCCGCGGUGACUACGUACCUACGAACGGUCUGCCGGUCGGUAUCGAGCGUUGGGAGAACAAACUGUUCGUCUCGGUGCCAAGAUGGAAGGAUGGUAUCCCCUCGACGCUCAACUACAUCGACAUGAACCAGACACCGUCCGGUUCGCCGGCCCUCAUCCCCUACCCGGACUGGUCCUCGAACGUGGCAGGUGAUUGCGCUAACGGGCUGUCCACCGUGUACCGUAUCAAGGCGGACAAGUGCGGACGUCUGUGGGCCCUCGACACUGGUACCGUUGGCAUCGGUAACACGACCCAGCAGCUCUGCCCGUACGCACUCAACAUCUGGGACCUGAAGACGAACCGCCGUCUGCGGCGUUAUGAACUGCGGGCCGAUGACACCAACGCCAACACCUUCAUCGCGAACAUUGCCAUCGAUAUGGGACGCAGCUGUGACGAUACGUACGCGUACAUGUCGGACGAGCUCGGUUAUGGUUUGAUCGUGUACUCGUUCGAGCAGAACAAAUCGUGGCGCUUCGCACACAGCUUCUUCUUCCCGGAUCCGCUGCGUGGUGAUUUUAACGUUGCUGGGCUGAACUUCCAGUGGGGCGAGGAAGGUAUCUUCGGUAUGUCGCUGACACCGUUGCAGGCGGAUGGAUACCGCACGCUGUACUUCUCGCCGCUCGCAAGUCAUCGCGAGUUUACCGUCUCGACCCGCAUCCUGCGCGAUGAGUCGAAGGUGGAGGAAAGCUUCCACGACUUCCAGUACCUGAAGGAGCGUGGCCCGAACAGCCACACGACCUCGCGUGUGAUGAGCGAAACCGGGCUGCAGCUGUUCAAUCUGAUCGAUCAGAACGCGGUUGGUUGCUGGCAUUCGUCGCUUCCGUACAGUCCAGAGUACCACGGCAUUGUUGAUCGGGAUGAUGUGGAGCUGGUGUUCCCGGCCGAUGUGAAGAUCGACGAAGAGGAACAGGUGUGGGUUAUCUCGGACCGUAUGCCGGUGUUCUUGAUUGCCGAUCUCGACUACAGCGAUGUGAACUUCCGCAUCUUCUCCGCCCCGCUGUCGACGCUGGUGGCCGGUACGGUGUGCGACGUCCAGUCACAGUUCGGUGCCAUUCAGCCCAAGUUUGGUGGCGAUGCGAGCAGUUCGGAUCUGGCGACGACGUACAACACCGAUACCACCCUGCUGCCGACGACCUACUCGCAGCCGUCGUACACGCCGACGCUAAGCUAUGCACCGACCGUUGCACCGCAGGUGCACAAGUUUACCCAGGGUUAUGAUGCGCCGACCUCGCACAUGUACUCGACCCAAUCCUACCCGACGACGGCCAAGGCGUAUGCGUACAACAAGUACCACGGUGUUGAGUUCCAUGCGCACGGUGCACCGCAUCACGGACAUGGCUACCAUCACGGACCGCACAGCCAUGACGGUUCGGCGACGGCGGGCGAACACGAGGGCGGCUACAGUGGACAUCGGGGCGGAUACUGGAACGGUGCCCACAAGAAGCAGGACUCGUGGAAACAGUUCUUCUACUAGAGA